AUGCGACACGGUCCCAGAAACACAGUCGAUCGGCUUGACAGACCAAGCGCAUACUGCACCAGCAGAAACAAGCGCAGACGCGAUCGGGACGACGACCAUGCCAACGGCGACGCGCCCCCGGACCAGCAGCCCGAUCCCCUGGCCAGCUCGACCACGCUCUACGUCGGCAACCUGUCCUUUUACACCACCGAGGAGCAAGUCUACGAGCUGUUCUCAAAGUGCGGCGAGAUCAAGCGGCUCGUCAUGGGUCUGGACCGGUUCCAGAAGACGCCCUGCGGGUUCUGCUUCGUCGAGUACUACACCCACCAGGAUGCGCUGGACUGCAUGAAGUACAUUGGGGGCACCAAGCUCGACGAGCGCAUCAUCCGCACAGAUCUGGAUCCUGGGUUUGAGGAAGGGAGGCAGUACGGCCGGGGCAAGAGCGGCGGACAAGUGAGGGAUGAGUACCGCGAGGAUUUCGACGAAGGGCGAGGCGGCAUCGGUCGAGCGUUGCAGCGAGACGACGAGGACAUGUACAGAUGA